GGGAAGUGCGGGGGGCAGCGCAGACCCUGGGCCUGCAGGACCGGAGCCCGUGGGAGCCCGGGCCCGUGUGCCACCGCGGGGCCUGCUGCGCUCCGGUGCCUCCCAUCAGCCCCCAAGACCCCUGUGCAGUUGCUGCUUUUAACGCCUUAUAGUGCUCCGGUCAAAGGUGAGGAAACUGAGGCAGGGGACGAUGAAGUAAAGCAGGUGGGUGGCAGCGGGUUUUGAGCUCGAGCUGCCUCUCCCCCCUGGAGACCUCCUAGAACCGAUGACCAGUGGGUGCUCGCCCCAGCGCGUGCGGCCACGGAUCCCCAGCCAUUCUGGCACCAGUGUUGUCCCUGCAUGUGUGACGUCCAGUGGGGCAGGACGCUCCAAAGGCCCCCCCCCUCAGAGCCACACACCCCCACACCCAGGACAACCAGUCUGGAACCAUGAAGACCAAGAGCCGGCCUCCCCGGCGCCGGGCGCCCCCGCAAGACCCAGAAGCAACCCCAGGGGAGCGGACGCCCGACAGGCCACCGCCGGGCUCGGGGCCAGACGCGGCCAAGGCUCUGCGGAGCCGGAGGGCGCGCGCGCAGGGGGCGCGGGCAGAGGGCGGGCGCCGGCGGCCGGGGCCGGGGAGCCGGCGGGAGAGCAGCGUCCAGCGGCGGCUGGAGAGCAACGAGCGCGAGCGGCAGCGCAUGCACAAGCUCAACAACGCCUUCCAGGCGCUGCGCGAGGUCAUCCCGCACGUGCGCGCCGACAAGAAGCUCUCCAAGAUCGAGACGCUCACGCUAGCCAAGAACUACAUCAAGUCGCUGACCGCCACCAUCCUGACCAUGUCCAGCGGCCGCCUCCCGGGCCUGGACGGGCCGGUCCCGAAGCUCUGCCAGCACUACCAGCAGCCGCAGCAGGCGGCCCGGGGCGCGCUCGGGGCCUCCGAGGGUCCGCCCGAGGACCACCCGCAGAAGUACUCCACGCAGAUCCACAGCUUCCGCGAGGGCUCCUAG